AUGCACGGCACAUCCACCGGUCUCCAGACCGGAAUCAACACGCCCCGGUCCUCUCAAUCUCUGCGCCCUCUCAUCCUCUCACAUGGCUCCCUCGAGUUCUCCUUCCUUGUCCCUACUUCGCUCCAUUUCCAUGCUUCCCAGUUGAAGGAUGGCUUCACCACAUCAUUACCCGAGCCCACGGAUGAAUUGGCCCAGGACGACGAGCCUUCCUCCGUCGUAGAGCUGGUGGCCCGCUACAUUGGCCAUGUCGCUCGCGAGGUGGAGGAGGGUGAGGACGAUGCCCAGGGCACCUAUCUGGAGGUCCUCAAGCUCGUCCUGAACGAGUUUGAGCGCGCCUUCAUGCGUGGAAAUGAUGUCCACGCCGUGGCAGCCGCCCUAUCCAGCAUCGUUCCCAAGAAGAACCAGGUGGUGGAGGCCUACUACGCCGGUCGUGCCGCCGCCGGCCGGCCUACCAAGCCCUACGACUCGGCUCUGUUCCGCGCCGCCUCCGAUGAGGCUGCCGGCAUCUAUACCGUCUUCGGUGGUCAGGGCAAUAUCGAGGAGUACUUUGACGAGCUGCGCACAGUCUAUAACACCUACCCCUCCUUCGUAGAGGAGCUGAUUGUGUCCUCUGCAGAGCUGCUCCAAUCGCUGUCCCGCGAGCCCGAGGCCAGCAAGCUCUACCCGAAGGGCCUCGACAUCAUGCGCUGGCUGCAGGAUCGGGAUGUGCAGCCCGAUACCGACUACCUCGUGUCGGCUCCCGUCAGUCUGCCCUUGAUCGGUCUCGUCCAAUUGGCCCACUUCACGGUGACCUGCAAGGUCCUGGGACAACAACCCGGUGAUCUCGUGGAGCGCAUCCGCGGAACCACUGGUCACUCCCAGGGUGUGGUCACGGCCGCAGCCAUUGCCACUGCGACGACCUGGGAGUCCUUUGCGCAGGCCUCGCGCAAUGCCCUGACCAUGCUGUUCUGGAUCGGUCUCCGCAGCCAGCAGGCCUACCCUCGCACCUCCCUGGCUCCCUCGGUGCUGCAGGACUCGAUUGAGAAUGGCGAGGGUACCCCGACUCCCAUGCUCUCCAUUCGGGAUCUCUCUCGCACCGCCGUCCAGGAGCACAUUGAUGCCACCAACCAGCACUUGCCCGAGGACCGCCACAUCGCGAUCUCCCUGGUCAACAGUGCUCGCAACUUCGUCGUGACCGGUCCCCCCAUCUCCCUCUACGGUCUGAACUUGCGUCUGCGUAAGGUCAAGGCCCCCACUGGACUGGACCAGAACCGUGUUCCCUUCACUCAGCGCAAGGUUCGGUUUGUCAACCGUUUCCUGCCCAUCACGGCCCCCUUCCACAGCCAGUACCUCACCUCCGCCUACGACCGCAUUCUGGAGGAUCUGGAGGAUCUGGAGAUCCCCGCCAUGUCUCUGCUCAUUCCCGUCUUCAACACCAAGACCGGAGAGGACCUGCGUGAGCUCGGCGAUAAGAACGCCGUCCCUGCCCUGAUCCGCAUGAUCACUCAUGAUCCCGUCAACUGGGAGCAAGCCACCGUCUUCCCUGGUGCUACCCACAUUGUCGACUUCGGUCCUGGUGGUAUCUCCGGCCUGGGUGUCCUCACCAACCGUAACAAGGAUGGUACCGGGGUCCGGGUCAUUCUGGCUGGUGAGAUGGACGGCACUAAUGCUGAGGUCGGCUACAAGCCUGAGCUGUUUGACCGUGAUGAGCACUCGGUCAAGUAUGCCGUGGAUUGGGUCAAGGAGCACGGCCCUCGUCUGGUGCAGACCUCCACUGGACAGACUUAUGUCGAUACCAAGAUGAGUCGCCUGCUGGGUAUUCCCCCUGUCAUGGUCGCUGGUAUGACCCCUACCACCGUCCCUUGGGACUUUGUGGCCGCCACCAUGAACGCUGGCUAUCACAUUGAGUUGGGCGGUGGUGGUUACUACAACGCGAAGACCAUGACCGCCGCCAUCAACAAGAUCGAGAAGGUUAUCCCGCCUGGCCGCGGCAUCACCGUCAACUUGAUCUACGUCAACCCUCGUGCCAUGGGUUGGCAGAUCCCUCUGAUCGGCCGCCUGCGUGCCGACGGUGUCCCCAUCGAGGGUCUGACCAUUGGUGCUGGUGUUCCCUCUAUCGAGGUCGCCAACGAGUACAUCGAGACCCUGGGCAUCAAGCACAUUUCCUUCAAGCCUGGCUCCGUCGAUGCCAUUCAGCAGGUCAUCAAUAUCGCCAAGGCCAACCCCAAGUUCCCCAUCAUGUUGCAGUGGACCGGUGGUCGUGGUGGUGGUCACCACUCCUUCGAGGACUUCCACCAGCCUGUCCUCCAGAUGUACAGCCGUAUUCGCAAGCAGGACAACAUUGUCCUGGUUGCUGGUAGUGGCUUCGGUGGUGCUGAAGACACCUACCCAUACCUCUCCGGUACUUGGUCCGCCAAGUUCGGCUAUCCUCCCAUGCCUUUCGAUGGUUGCUUGUUCGGUAGCCGCAUGAUGAUCGCCAAGGAGGCGCACACUUCCAAGAACGCCAAGAAGGCUAUUGCUGAUGCCCCCGGUGUCGACAAUGAGGAGUGGGAGAAGACCUACAAGGGUGCUGCUGGCGGUGUCAUCACUGUCCUCUCCGAGAUGGGCGAGCCUAUUCACAAGCUGGCUACCCGCGGUGUCCUCUUCUGGCAGGAGAUGGACCAGAAGAUCUUCAAGCUCGACAAGGCCAAGCGUGUCCCCGAGUUGAAGAAGCAGCGCGACUACAUCAUCAAGAAGCUCAACGAUGACUUCCAAAAGGUCUGGUUCGGCCGCAAUGCCGCGGGCGAGACUGUGGACCUUGAGGACAUGACCUACGCUGAAGUCGUCCACCGCAUGGUCGAUCUGAUGUACGUCAAGCACGAGUCUCGUUGGAUCGAUGACUCGCUCAAGCGUCUGACUGGCGACUUCCUGCGCCGUGUCGAGGAGCGCUUCACCACCGCGAAUGGCCAGGCUUCCCUGCUCCAGAACUACUCCGAGCUCGACACCCCUUACCCGGCUGUGGACACUAUUCUGGCUGGAUAUCCCGAGGCCGCCAAGCAGCUGAUCAACGCCCAGGAUGUCCAGCACUUCCUGCUGCUUUGCCAGCGCCGUGGCCAGAAGCCCGUUCCUUUCGUCCCCGUCCUCGAUGAGAAGUUUGAGUACUUCUUCAAGAAGGACUCCCUCUGGCAGAGUGAGGACCUCGAGGCCGUUGUUGACCAGGAUGUCGGCCGUACCUGUAUUCUGCAGGGUCCGAUGGCUGCCCGCUUCUCCAACAUUAUUGACGAGCCUGUCAAGGACAUUCUCGAUGGUGUCCACCAGGGCCACAUUGCUGGCCUGAUCCGCGACGUUUACGGAGGUGACAAGUCCAAGAUCCCCGUGAUUGAGUACUUCGGUGGCAACGUGGUGGAAGACGCGGAUGAGCCCGACGUGGAGGGUCUCACUGUCUCCGAGGAGGCCAACAAGAUCAGCUUCCGCCUGUCCUCUUCUACCUCCGCCGAUCUGCCUAGCCUGGACCGCUGGCUCCGCCUGCUGGCUGGCAACACCUACUCGUGGCGCCACGCCUUGUUCCUGGCCGAUGUGUUCGUCCAGGGUCACCGGUUCCAGAGCAACCCGAUGAAGCGCAUCGUGGCUCCCACUGCUGGCCUGUACGUGGAGAUCACCAACCCUAACGACCCCGCCAAGACUAUGGUUAGCGUGCGUGAGCCCUACCAGUCCGGCAAGCUGGUCAAGACCGUUGAGGCGAAGGUGAACGAGAAUGGUCAGAUCUCUUUGACCAUGUUCGAGGGUCGCACCGCCGAGGGUGGUGUCGUUCCCCUGACGUUCCUCUUCACCUACCACCCGGAGACCGGUUAUGCCCCCCUCCGCGAGGUCAUGGGAGACCGCAACGACCGCAUCAAGGAGUUCUACUAUCGCAUCUGGUUCGGCAACAAGGACGUGCCCUUCGACACUCCUACCACUGCCACCUUCAACGGCGGCCGCGAGACCAUCACCUCUCAGGCCGUUGCUGACUUCGUCCACGCCGUCGGCAACACUGGCGAGGCCUUCGUUGACCGUCCCGGCAAGGAGGUCUUCGCUCCCAUGGAUUUCGCCAUUGUCGCUGGCUGGAAGGCCAUCACCAAGCCCAUCUUCCCUCGCACCAUUGACGGUGAUCUCCUGAAGCUGGUUCACCUGUCCAACGGCUUCAAGAUGAUCCCCGGUGCUCAGCCUCUGAAGGUUGGCGAUGUUCUGGACACUACUGCUCAGAUCAACGCCGUCAUCAACCAGGAGUCUGGCAAGAUGGUCGAGGUCUGCGGUACCAUCAAGCGUGAGGGCAAGCCCAUCAUGCAGGUUACCAGUCAGUUCCUGUACCGCGGUGCCUACUCGGACUUCGAGAACACCUUCCAGCGCAAGGACGAGGUUCCCAUGCAGGUCCACCUUGCCACCAGCCGUGAUGUCGCUAUCCUCCGCUCCAAAGAGUGGUUCCGCAUGGACGAGUCUGAGAUCGAGCUCCUUGGCCAGACCCUUACCUUCCGUCUCCAGAGCUUGAUCCGCUUCAAGAACCAGACAGUCUUCAGCAACGUCCAGACCAUUGGUCAGGUCCUCCUGGAGCUCCCCACCAAGGAGGUUAUCCAGGUUGCCUCCGUGGACUACGAGGCUGGUGUCUCUCACGGUAACCCCGUAAUUGACUACCUCCAGCGUAACGGUACCUCCAUCGAGCAGCCCGUCUACUUCGAGAACCCCAUCCCUCUGAGUGGCAAGACUGCCCUGGAGCUGCGCGCCCCGGCUUCCAACGAGACCUAUGCCCGCGUCUCCGGCGACUACAACCCUAUCCACGUCUCUCGUGUCUUCUCCAGCUAUGCCAACCUGCCCGGCACCAUCACCCACGGCAUGUACAGCAGUGCUGCUGUCCGCUCGCUGGUGGAGACCUGGGCCGCCGAGAACAACAUCGGCCGUGUCCGUGGUUUCCACGCCUCCCUGGUCGGCAUGGUUCUGCCCAACGACAUGGUCGCCGUCAAGCUGCAGCACGUUGGUAUGAUUGCUGGUCGUAAGAUCAUCCAGGUCGAGGCCAGCAACAAGGAGACCGAGGAGAAGGUCCUUGUUGGUGAGGCCGAGGUCGAGCAGCCUGUCACCUCCUACGUCUUCACCGGCCAGGGUUCUCAGGAGCAGGGCAUGGGUAUGGAGCUCUAUGCCAGCAGCCCUGUUGCCAAGGAGGUCUGGGACCGUGCUGAUCGCCACUUCAUGGAGAACUACGGCCUGUCCAUCAUUGACAUUGUCAAGAACAACCCCAAGGAGCUCACCGUCUACUUUGGUGGUCCCCGCGGUAAGGCCAUUCGCCAGAACUACAUGGCGAUGACCUUCGAGUCUGUCAAUGCCGAUGGCUCCAUCAAGUCCGAGAAGAUCUUCAAGGAGGUUGAUGAGAACACCGCUUCUUACACUUACCGUUCGCCCACCGGUCUGCUGUCCGCCACCCAGUUCACCCAGCCCGCCCUCACCCUCAUGGAGAAGGCUAGCUUCGAGGACAUGCGCUCCAAGGGUCUGGUCCAGCGUGACAGCAGCUUCGCUGGUCACUCCCUGGGUGAAUACUCGGCUCUGGCUGCCCUGGCCGACGUCAUGCCCAUUGAGAGCUUGGUCUCCGUCGUGUUCUACCGUGGUCUGACCAUGCAGGUUGCCGUCGAGCGUGACGAGCAGGGUCGCUCCAACUACUCCAUGUGCGCUGUCAACCCCAGCCGUAUCUCCAAGACCUUCAACGAGCAGGCCUUGCAGUACGUCGUUGAGGUCAUCUCCGAGCAGACUGGCUGGCUUUUGGAGAUCGUCAACUACAACGUUGCCAACAUGCAGUACGUCGCUGCUGGUGAUCUCCGCGCCCUCGACUGCCUCACCAACCUCCUGAACUUCCUCAAGGCUCAGAACAUCGACAUUCCCGCUCUUAUGCAGAGCAUGUCGCUCGAAGACCUCAAGGCUCACCUGGUCAGCAUCAUCCAGGAGUGCGUCAAGCAGACCGAGGCCAAGCCCAAGCCCAUCCAACUGGAGCGCGGCUUCGCCACCAUCCCGCUGAAGGGCAUCGAUGUCCCCUUCCACAGCACUUUCCUGCGCUCCGGUGUCAAGCCCUUCCGGUCCUUCCUGCUCAAGAAGAUCAACAAGACCACCAUCGACCCGUCCAAGCUCGUCGGCAAGUACAUUCCCAACGUCACUGCUCGUCCCUUCGAGAUCUCCAAGGAGUACUUCGAGGACGUCUACCGCCUCACCAACUCUCCCCGUAUCGCCGCCAUCCUGGCCAACUGGGAGAAGUACGAGGAGGGCACUGAGAACGCUGCCCGCGCCGCUUAG